UUAUCAUGUGGCACCUACUGAUGAUGACAGUAAGAAGAAGAAGAAAAAGGGUGAUGACAUGGAUGAUCUCAAACGAGAGCUGGAGAUGGAUGAGCACAGCAUUCCUAUCCAAGAGCUGUACCAGAGGCUUGAAGUUAAUCCCUUAACAGGACAUUCUGUGGAACGAGCCAAGGAGAUCCUGCUCCGUGAUGGUCCAAACGCACUGACCCCACCCAAGACAACACCAGAGUGGAUCAAGUUUUGUAAAGUGCUGUUUUCUGGCUUCUCUAUGCUGCUGUGGAUUGGUGCUAUCCUGUGUUACAUUGCUUAUGGUAUCCAGGCCAGUCAGAUGGAGGCGCCACCUGGGGACAAUCUGUACCUGGGCAUCGUGCUGACGGCUGUAGUCCUGGUUACCGGAAUCUUCUCCUAUUAUCAGGAAGCCAAGAGCUCUAGGAUCAUGGACUCCUUCAAGAACAUGGUGCCACAGUAUGCCCUGGUGGUUCGUGGUGGGCACAAGAUGAGCAUCCUGGCUGAAGAAAUUGUUGUUGGCGACAUUGUGGAGGUCAAGUUUGGAGAUCGUGUGCCUGCUGACAUCAGAAUUAUUUCUGCUAGCGGAUUUAAGAUUGACAACUCUUCCCUGACCGGAGAAUCUGAGCCCCAAACCCGAACGCCAGAUUUCACCCAUGAGAACCCACUGGAAACGAGAAACUUAGCUUUUUUCUCCACCAAUGCUGUUGAAGGUACAGCAUCUGGUAUUGUUGUCAAGGUUGGAGACAAGACGGUGAUUGGCCGAAUUGCAACCUUGACCUCAGGUCUCGAGGUUGGAGAAACCCCAAUAGCCAAAGAAAUUGCUCACUUUAUCCACAUUAUCACAUUUUGUGCUGUUUUUGUUGGCGUCCUAUUUUUCAUCAUCGCCUUCAUCCUGGGCUACAACUGGCUAGAUGCCGUCAUCUUUCUCAUUGGUAUCAUUGUGGCUUGGGUACCUGAAGGUCUCCUGGCUACCGUCACGGUGUGCCUGACACUGACUGCCAAGCGUAUGGCCAAGAAGAACUGCCUGGUGAAGAACCUGGAAGCUGUGGAAACUCUGGGCUCCACGUCCACCAUCUGCUCCGACAAGACAGGAACCUUGACCCAGAACAGGAUGACUGUAGCUCACAUGUGGUUUGAUAGCCGCAUCGUGGAGGCAGACACCAGUGAAAACCAAUGGAACGCCUUGUAUUCUCAGAACGACCAGUCUUGGAUGGCUCUUGCCAGAAUUGGCAUCUUAUGUAACCGUGCUGAGUUCAAAGUUGGACAGGAGGAUGUGCCAGUACUGAAACGAGAUUGUAACGGAGAUGCCUCUGAGUCAGCUCUGCUGAAAUGUGUGGAACUUUCCAUCGGAAAUGUCACAGAAUAUCGUCGCAGGAACAAAAAGAUUUGUGAAAUCCCAUUUAAUUCAACCAACAAAUAUCAGGUAUCUAUCCAUGAGACAGAAGACCCCAAUGACCCCCGCUACCUGCUGGUGAUGAAAGGUGCCCCCGAGAGAAUCAUGGACCGCUGCUCCACAAUCCUGAUGCAUGGCAAGGACCAGCCCCUGGACGACAGCUUCCGCGAAGCUUUCAAUGCUGCCUACAUGGAGCUGGGGAGUCUUGGGGAGAGAGUUUUAGGAUUCUGUGAUUAUGUGUUGCCUGAAGACGAAUACCCGCCCAACUUUGAAUUUGACCCUGAGGGACCCAACUUCCCCAUCACUGGCCUGAGAUUUGUGGGACUGAUGUCUAUGAUUGACCCACCCAGAGCUGCUGUCCCAGAUGCUGUCGGCAAGUGUAGAAGUGCUGGCAUUAAAGUUAUCAUGGUCACAGGGGACCACCCUAUCACAGCCAAGGCCAUUGCCAGGUGUGUCGGCAUCAUCUCCGAGGGCAGCAAGACGGUCGAAGAUAUUGCAGCAGAACGUGGCAUUCCUGUCGAGCAAGUGAAUCCAAGGGAUGCCAAGGCAGCUGUCGUCAAUGGUGGUGAACUCCGAGACAUGACUCUGGACCAGAUUGAUGAGAUCUUGAUCAACCACACAGAGAUUGUGUUUGCUCGUACUUCCCCCCAGCAAAAACUGAUCAUCGUGGAAGGCUGUCAGCGACAGGGUCAGAUUGUUGCCGUCACGGGUGAUGGUGUCAAUGAUUCUCCCGCUCUCAAGAAAGCUGAUAUUGGUGUGGCUAUGGGUAUUGCUGGCAGUGACGUCAGUAAACAGGCCGCUGACAUGAUCUUGCUGGAUGACAACUUUGCAUCAAUUGUGACAGGUGUUGAGGAGGGACGUUUGAUUUUUGACAACUUGAAGAAAUCGAUUGCCUACACCUUGACAUCGAAGAUCCCAGAAGUAUCACCAUUCUUGCUUUUCAUCACUGCCAACAUCCCCCUGGCACUGGGCACCAUCACCAUCUUGUGUAUCGACCUGGGCACCGACAUGAUCCCAGCCAUAUCUAUGGCCUACGAGAAGGCGGAGCAGGAUAUCAUGAAGAGAGCACCCAGAAAUCCAGAAACUGAUAAAUUAGUUAAUGCAAGGUUAAUCAGUAUGACAUAUGGACAGAUUGGAAUGAUUCAAGCACUGGCUGGAUUCUUCACAUACAUUGUUGUCAUGGGAGAGAAUGGCUUCUGGAUGUCUAGACUAAUCGGCAUACGUGAGGAAUGGGACUCUGUUGGCAUCAAUAACUUGGAAGAUUCAUACGGCCAGGAAUGGACCUACACACAGAGAAAGAAGCUGGAACAGACCUGUCACACAGCCUUUUUUGUCUCCAUUGUCAUUGUCCAGUGGGCUGACCUCAUCAUCUGCAAGACCAGGCGCCUGUCACUGUUCAAACAAGGAAUGUUAAAUCAUCACCUCAACUUUGCACUGCUUUUUGAGACAUGUCUGGCCAUAUUUCUCUGUUACUGUCCCGGACUGGACACAGCUCUGCGACUGCAGCCUCUCAGGUUCACCUGGUGGCUGGUUCCUCUUCCUUACAGUCUGCUCAUUGUCGUCUAUGACGAGCUGCGCAAGCUGAUACUGCGAAGAAGUCCAGGAGGCUUUGUCGAGAGAGAGACAUAUUACUAG